UAUGACAUACAUGUACAUAGAAGUUUACUGCAGUUUAGCAUAAGUCAUUUAGAACAGAAAUGCAAUAUUUAUAUCAUGUGGACUUCUGUGAAUAGGUUGAAGAACACUGUUGACUAUGUACUGAGUAAUGGAAAUUGUGUUGAUUUGUUAUAUUUCAAUGGAUCUUAAACUGUGUAUUGGAAAAAAACAUCAUGUAUAAAGUCAAGAGUUAAUAAUUGAUAUCACCUGUAGAUCAGUUACAAUUUCUUGCAUUCUAUUGAAUUCAUAUUGACAAUGCGGCUCAUUAGAAGAAAAGCAAAGACACUUUUGCUGCUGUUUAUAUUGUUUAUUAUUCUGGGAUAUCUGCUGUUACAUUCAAGAAGACAUGAUCCAAUGAAGGAGUUUGAUUAUGGAAUGUAUGGCAAAGAUGACCAUGAUCAUAUUAGUGUAGACACUGAUUACAAUGACCCCUUUGAAUCUUUCUUGAUAAAGGAUCUAAAAGUUCAUAACAAAAUCAAGGAUCAUACAUGCUUAGAACAAAGAAACUUUGUGUUUAUCAAGACAAUGAAGUGCGCGACGCAGACUAUGGUGCAGAUUUUACGGAGGUUCGGCUACAGACGACAUCUAAAUUUCGUACUGCCCAAAGGGAAUAAUAUAUACAUUGGAUGGCCAUAUAUCCCUGAACCACAGGAUUAUAGAAAAUCUAGCCAAGGCUUUAAUGCUCUUGUAGAACAUUCUGUGUAUAAUGAAACAGUAAUGAAAAAUAUGAUGCCCGUUAACACAAGAUAUGUAACUAUACUAAGAGAACCAUUCAGCCAGUUUAAGUCAGCCUUUCAUUACUUUAAUGUUGCAAAUAUCACAAAAAUGAAACCUUCGAAAGAUCAGGUGUUUGACUAUCUACACAAUCUGGAAAGUUAUGAACACUUCUACAAAAGUAGUCAGACAGCUACAAUACGAUACUGCAUUCCGGAUGGAUUUUCUGUUACUAAAAAUAUGCUGUCUCAUUGCCUGGGAAUGCCACUGGGGUUUCCCGCUGGAAGAGAAAAUAUUGCCUCAGAUUUUGCUAAGGUUCAAGAGUAUAUCUCAACAUUGGAUAGGAACUUUAUGCUCGUAAUGAUAAUGGAAUAUUUCCAUGAGUCCUUAGUUUUACUUAAACGUUUAAUGUGCUGGUCUUUAGAAGAUAUUAUUUAUCAUACAACAAAUGUAGGAGUAUAUUCAUACAAGAAUAAGCCAGCUGAUCCUGAUAGUCUUAAAAUAUACAAACAAUGGAGCCACCUAGACUUUAUAUUAUAUGACCAUUUCAACAGAAGUUUCUGGAAGAAAGUUGAAAAACAGGGCAAAGACUUCUUCGAAGAAGUGAAAGAGUACAAUACAAUCCAGGAACAAGUCUCUAAAUUCUGCUCAGACCUAGGGGACGGUGAAAACAUGCUGCGAAUUCCAGCCUCAAGUUUUAGCAAUGAGAUUGAGAUAAAGAAAGACUACUGUAUGAUGCUUGGGGUGGAUCUGCUCACCUUCCUGAAGACCCGCUCUGAGAGGGAGGAGGAGUGGCCGGACACAGCCACACAACAACAGGGGACAAAACGGGGCUGCUAACAGUUUGAAACAAAUAUUCCUACGAGUGCUUACAUGAUAGUGAAACAAUGUUUAAUCCACUAAGUUCAGUUUUCCGUAUGUUUGUGUCAUCAUUGCCAAAGUAGUUAAAAAUGGAGAAAGAACAUUUUGUGUGAUUAUUUAAGUAUGGUACAUCUAAAAUUAUUAUUAAAUAAGCUGUUAAAAAGUAUUUCAGUCAUUAGAUAUUACAUGUAACUUUGUAUGUAAUUAAGGCCAAUAUCAGUGUCUUUAAGGCCCAAAAUUUGGCUUGCUAGUAAUAUGAAUAAUAAUAACUAUAGUUCUCAUAAUUUUAGGGCUUUCAUAUUAUCAUCUUCUCAUCAACAGAUCUGAUACAAAAAAUAUUGAAAAGCCUCGUUGUUUGUAUGUGCAUAUCACUGUUUAAUGCAUCACAGAAGUUCAUCUCAUUAAAUGUUCAAAUCUUUUUAAGCUGUAUUUUUUAUGAAAACAAAAUCAAGGUUAAAGAUUGGUGAACAAUGAUUGUGCAGGCAGUGGAGGAGGAGCUGUUAUAUGAGUGUUGUUUGGGUUGAAAACUUAUUAUGUUUCAUAAAUAAAACAGUUUUUAAUUGUUCUUAAGGGAACUUGGUCAGAUUUUUUUUCAGCAUGAUAUUUAAUAAGACCGUUUCGAAUAUGGGUCAUCUCAGAUAAAAAAAAAGGUCACUAGGUCAAAUAUUAAGAUAAAGUUUUGUGUCAAAAUCUCUUAUUCCUUUCACAAAUAACAGUGAUCAUCCAAUCUUCAAGAAACUCAGUCGGAUUAUUUCUCAGCAUGAUAUUAAUGACCAUUGUGAUUAUUAGUCAUCUCAGGUCAAAAAAAGGUUAGGACCAAUGUCAACCUUUAAACAUACAUUUUGUUGCAAAUGCGCAUUUGCCGAAAAGAAAAAUUGGGCUUUAAUGCUAUUUCUGCAUUUACCCCUUGAUUUUGUAUAUAUAGCACUGUCAGUGUGUGUAUACCACGGAUAAUUACGUCAUAUAUGCUACGUCGGAAGGCAAUAUUUUCACUUACUACACCAUUUUAAAUGAAACAAAGGCCAGUCUUUGUCGCUUAAAGAGCCCCACCUUUGUUUUAUAACCUGAGUUUAAUAAGGUGAUUAGUUUCAUCAAACACUUCGACAAACCUGUUUCCAAAACAAUGUUUUGACAGUGCUCUGUCAGAUGGCCGUAUCGUAAAAAGGUUUGUCGAAGUGUUAUAAUAAACUAAACUCUCAAUCAAAACUUGGUAAAAGACCGAAGGCGGGGCUCCGUAAGCUGCAUAGACUGUGCUAUGUUUCAUUUUAAAUGGAAAAGAAAAUGAAAAGUUAUCAUUGUUUUAAGUCUUCAAUCGAAGCAAAAUAUUGCCUUCCGACGUAGCAUUUAUAACGCAAUUAAUCACGUGGUAUACACACACUGACUGUGGGUAUGGUUUUUGUACAUGGAGUGAUUUGCAUGUAAUGGAGCACAUUUGAGAUUGAUGCAAAUAUCUUUAUUUAAUUUUAAAGCAUUCACAUGAUAUCAUGUUUAACUCAUCGGACUUUUAUGCUUAAAAAGCGCUGAAAUAUCGCUAACAUUUUUUCAUCUGUACAUAAAGCAUAUGUGCAUUUUAUUUUUGCUCAUUAAUGUCAAAUGAGUUAAACAUGAUAAUGCAAUAAAAUAACUGGCAUCAACCUAAGGUGUGCGCCUUUAAGGCUAAGAUUUUUAUUAUUGAAUUUAGAUGAGAAAUCCAAAUAAAAACAGUAUAAUUUUGAUCUCAUAAUAAAAAAGUGAC